GUCGCAGCCACCCAUCUACUCAUCACUUCGCACAACAUCUACAACAUCAACAACCACAAGGAACACCUCAGCCUUCCCACUCUUCUUUCAGUACGAGUACUUCCACCGCCAUCAUGCAAUUCUCUACGAUCCGCAACUUCACUCUCGCCGUUCUCGCAGGUUCAGCACUGGCUCUUCCUGCUGUCACUGAAGAUGCUGGGAGCGUCGCCAAUGUUGAGGUGAGCCAAGUCAAUGUUGAGGCUCCCGCCAUGCUCGAGAAACGGAUUGUUCCCGCUAUAGUCUUGCUUAAAGUCAUCGGAGGCAAGCUCUUUGCUGGUGCAAUAAGUGCGGCAAUCGAGCGCGCGAAAGAUGCCCUCGCACCUUCAGUGGAAGGCUGGAAAGAUUUCGACCAGGCUCGCACAGCCUUUAUGCAGGAGCAUAUUCGGGAUCUUUACGCGACCCGAGUACCAGGCACCAAGGGCGUUAUUUGCAUGAAUGGGCCAUACUCUACUAGUCCUGGCGCUGUGUUUGAAGGUCCUGCCACUGAGAAAUUCUCGUGGGAUAUUUACCACACCACCUAUGCUUGUUUCGAGGUUUAUUCAGGCUCUGUUACCAACAAUGGUGACGGUGGAUGGGUCAAUUGGGCCGCGCAAGGCUGUUCUAUCAGCGGCCAUACCAUCCACUGUUAAAAAGACACCUAGUCGCUCUCAAAUGCUGUCGCAAGUAUAAGCUGGCAACCACAAGAGCUUUGUGGAUCGCGAUGAGCGCCUAGAGAGAGAUCAAAGGCUCUUUUUGUUUCAACAACUUGGAGUUUCGACGCCUAAGUAUAUAGAGACAAAUAGAGCUAGAGUGAGAGUUAUAGUAAGAGUUCAUAGUUUAAUUUUGAUUUUAUUUGAUUUUAUAACGCACUGGUUCUCUUAAUAUGUUUACA